AUGAAGAGACACGCCUACAUUGGAAGCUUUAGGUUAAAAGUCAUUAAGUUUGCCAAAGAAUUUGGCAAUCAUGCAGCUGAGCGAGAGUUCGGACCUCCACCAGAUCGGAGGACAACCAUCAGAUGGAGGAAGGAGGAAGAGAACCUUCGGAAAAUGCCAAGGAUGAAAAAGGCAUCCUUUAAAAAAUGUGGAAUCUCUAAUUCUCUUGAUGGUUCAGAAGAUCACUUGAUAUAUGAAGAUGGCGAUGAAGAUGAUACAGAAGAGAAGGAACUGUUAGCUAAAUUCGAUGCCAGUGAUAUUGAAGAAGACGAGGAACGUGAGGGGGUUGUCACUAUACCUGAUGUACCAGACAGUGAUGAUGAGUGUAUGAGCGAUUAUUAUGGGUCUUGA